AUGUACCCCAACCACCCCGGCGGCCACGGUCACAACGGACAGAACGGCCACAACGGGCACAACGGUCUCAACAACGGCCAGCACCCUCACUGGAAUCCCAACCAGCUGCCGCCCUCGCACGCCACCAACGGCGACUACCCUCCGCCGAGUCACCACCCCGCGCCGCAGCACCCAGGCCAUCUCGGGCAGCAUCAGCAGCAUCCAGGCCAUCUGCCGCCGCAGCCCACCGAGCCUCGCCCCGACGCUGGUCUGCAACACCACCAGAUGCCUGGAUAUCGACUGCCUCCACCGGGCGACUGGGCUCGUGGUGGGCAACCGCCGCUUGAUCCAUAUCGCGGCCCUCCCCCUCCCUAUGGCGGUCCUCAGCAGCCUGCCCCGCGCCAGCGCACUGCCAUUGCCUGCCGGUAUUGCAGGAGACGCAAGAUCCGCUGCUCCGGCUUCGAGGCGUCAGAGGACGGGCGGUGCACUAAUUGUUUGAGGUUCUCCCAAGACUGCAUCUUCACGCCCGUCUCUGCUCAAACGCAAGCCUUUGUGCCCGCUCACACGAGAUGGCACGGCGUUGGGCAAGCUCCGCAACUUUACGGAGCGUAUGGACAGCCUCUGCCGCCGCAGACGCACACGCAGGAGGCCUACGCUCCGCCGCGCGCCCAAGGCUACCCGCUGCCUAGCCCGACAGGUCCGUAUUCAGCUCCUGGUCCGUAUGCAUCUCCUUUGAGCUCUGUCUACGAUGAUCGGGGCGCUCGUGAUGCCUACAACAGCAGGAAGCGGCCCCUGGCUGAGCCUCACACCCCGACGCUUCCGCGGCCAAAUCCUGCUUCGGUAUCAUCACAGUUUCCCCUUCAUCGAGGGCCAGGCUCCGAGUAUACGUACCCUGACCCAACCGCUCUAACACCGGCCGCUGUGUCUCCAGCUUCCUCUUCGGCUUCAUAUCACUCCGCGCCUCAGCAGCCGCAGCCGAAUCCGUACUACACCACCCAACCACCGCGCCGCUCUUCUCCUCAGAGCGCCUAUUCGUACGAUCCCAGCCGCACUUCGUCAUCUCCGCACACGCAAGCGGCUCCGAGCACGCCGGGAGGCACCCCUCAGCAAGCUUUCGCUCCCGAGAACGCCCUGCGGCCGCUUCCACCGCGCUCUGACGGCAGAACUCCGCCGCCGCCAACCUCGCAAUCCUCUACUCGGUCAGGCAUGCGCAUUAGCGACAUCGUCGGCGACUCGGGCCAAGGACGGAGCUCCACUGACAGCGAUAUGCUGAAUCAACUCAACAGGCGACCAAUGUAA